AUGUCGGGUAAAAGUGAUAUUUGGAAUCAUUUCAUAAAAAAAGACUCAGGAGGCAAAUGCAAAUAUUGUCACCAGGAAGUAAAAACUAAGGGAAACACAACAAACUUGCGUAAUCACUUAUUAAGACGUCAUUCAACAAUUCAGACCGUAAGUCUCAAAAAGAAGAGUGAAAGUGGUGGUGGCAAUUGUGGUAGUGCACGAAAUGGUGAUGGACAAGUUUUUGAUGGCAUGGCUUUAGGCAUCGUGCCAGUUCCAGAUUCUCAAAACGUUGAUAAUUCGGAUACUGAAAGCGUGGCUUCUUCUUCUGUCUCUGUAUCAGUCUUAAAACAGCCAACAUUGGCAUCUUGCUUAACAAAUAUAAAAUCAUUUCGAGAUAAUGGUGUUAAAAGUGGUCAACUAGCCAAUGCAAUAGUCUUCAUGAUAGCAAAGGAUGGCUUGCCUCUAAAUACUGUGGAAAAACAGGAUUUCAAUAUUUGA